UGGAAAUUAACCUAAAAUAAAAUAUUUUGUUUCUGUACUUUUGUAGUGAGAUAGUGGACAGUGUUUUGUUGGGAUUCAAGUUUCCAAAGUUUUUACUCAGUUUAUUGUGUCAUUGUCGGUUGAUAAUGGAUCUAGAUGAUGCGAUUUUAGUUGACAUGGUUCGUCAAUAUUCAGUACUGUAUGAUAAAUCACACAAGGAUUUUGAAGACAGAAAUAUUAAAGAAAAUGCAUGGAAAACUAUUUCCUCAGCCCUCUAUGUUGAUGUGAAUGUUGCACAGGCGAGAUGGACUGUACUGAGAACGAAAUAUGGUGUUGAGAAGAAAAAUUAUAAAAAAAUGCCUUCUGGGUCUGGGGCAAAGAAAACGUGGCCCUUGCUAUCAAGCAUGGCUUUUCUUGAUAAACACAUGACAAUGAGGAAAACAACAGGAAAUAUAAGUGCUCCUGACAAACAGUCCCAGCCAUCAAGCAGCAAUUCCAAUUCACAGUCACCUUGGAGUUCUCUUAGUAUGAUAAUAGGAGACAAUAUAGAUUGUAUGGAAGGAUCCAGGAAAGGAUGUAGUAGUAGUCAACAAUCCAGUGAAUUAUCUGACUCAGAAAUUCAAUUACCUGAGGAGACUGAUGAUGUGGCAGACAAGGAAAACCUUGAUGAAACCAUCUUGACUGAGCAGAGUCAAAGAAGGGUUUUCACUGAAUAUAAAAAUGAAACCCCACCAUUGAAAAAAAAAAGAAAGAAAGCUGAAGAAGCAAAUGUGAUGAUGAAACUAUCCUCAACAUUCGAUAAUUUUAAUGAAUAUCUUAAAACAAAAUCAUGUGCAAAAAAUAUGGUUCGAGAUAUGGUUGAUGUAGAACAUGAAUCUGUUAUGAGCUUCAUGACUUCAAUAGGUAAUGAUCUCUUACUGAUUAAGAAUAAAAGAAUUAGAUAUUCUGCUAAAAAGGAAAUAUUGAAUAUUGUUCAGCAGGCGAGAUGCAAUGAUGCUUCAGAAAAUGAGUCUGAAAAUGAAUAA